CGACGACUCGGCAAUAUUCGCAGUAGGAAUUUGUAUCCUUCAGUGUGAGUACCUACGUGUAAAUGGCUGGUACAAUAUCCAGAAAAGAUCGCGAGGUCUUGAUAAGUGAAAUCCAGUCAAGACCUGCAAUAUGGAAUGAUGCCGAUCCAAAUUAUAAAAGCAGUGUUUAUGUAGACAAGAAGUGGCGUGAGAUAGCACAAAUUAUGAGAAGACAAGUUGCUGAGAUAAAAAGCAAGUGGAAAAAUUUACGAUCCAAAAUGCGUAAGGAAGUCCUAAAAAUGCCUAAGACGAGUUCUGGAGACCCUGUUAAAGGUUGGAAGUCAUCCUGGGAGUAUUUCGACAUGAUGUAUUUCUUAAAAAAUGUUAUAUUAGCUGCCCAUGCGGCAAGCAGCCUCACAACGUGUCAGAAUUCUGAAGAUGAAAGCGAUGGUGAUACAACCAUGCAUAUAGAAGAAAAACCAUGUGAACUUCACUCGUCUCUAUUUGAUGCACCCGUCCUUUCUCCAGACUCUGAACAUUCUCAUCAUUCUCCAGUGCCUUCAAAUCGACAGAAUAGCCCAUCAAAACGCAAAUGUAGCAAACGCCAGUACGACCAAGUUGAUAUGGAGAGGUUGGAACUGGAAAAUAAAAAGAUACAGAUUCUACAACAGAUUUCAGAAGCUGAUAAACAAUUUAUGCAAAACGCUACUAGUACCGACUAUCACUUUUUAAUGAGUUUGCUACCAUUCAUGGAACAUUUGACAUUGUCAGAAAAGCUUGAUCUAAGAGAGAAGUUACAGAAACAUGUCAGUGAUGCCUAUAAGAAACACGAACAAAUGCAAAGUACUUCUACGUCCUACAAUCAUGAAUUUUCCAUCGGAACUCAAUAAUACAGAUAGACUAUUUAGAUGCAAAAAGCAACCGAUACUAUCUGUAUCGGUAGGAUAUUAUUCUAUAAUAUUCAAUAUUCGUUUCCAAACGUAUGUUCAUCUUUUCCUAAUAAAGCU